AUGCAUAUCUCGUCAGGCCGUGUCCUGGGCCUCUGGGCUCACCACGCACGCGAUUGCCUGCAGCUGCGCACCCAGUCAGGGCCCUUCGCAGCAGCAGCAGCAGCAGCAGCGUCGGCAGCAACAGCAUCAGCGGCUGCUGCGGCGCGAGGCUUCCUUGCGUGCGUGGCCAGUGCCCCCCCGUUAUGCUCCAUGAAGCGUUUCUUCUCUGUGGGGCCCCUGGGGCCCCACGGCUUCGUGGAGGAGCCCCUCAACGCCGCCGCCUCGCCCCCGACCAACAGCAGCAGCAGCAGCAGCAAUGAGGGCACUGUGGUGAUCGGCAACCACAGCAACGCGCCCAAAGCCCCGCGCAAGACCACGGGGCUGCACAAGCUGUGCGACUUGGGGGCGCCUCUUGCGGAAUUCAUGGGGCGGCCGCAGGCAUCUCGGGUGGAAGUGACAAAGUUCAUUUGGUCUUAUAUAAAAGAGAAAGGACUUCAAAAGAAAGAAAACAAAAGAAUAGUUGUGGCUGACGAGCGGCUGCUGCCGCUGCUGCAGAAGAGCGAGCUCUCCAUGUUCGACCUCAACAAAGUGCUCAGCAAACACAUACACAACACGCCCAGCGCUGACAAGCAGCAGCAGCAGCAGCAGCAGCAGCAGCAGCAGCAGAAACAGCAGCAGCAGCACCUGCACCCGCAGGAAAUGAGCGGAGACAACCGAAUUUUGCAGCCACAUCGCAAGCAGCAGCUGCAGCAGCAGCGGCACCCUCCGCGCACCGACUGCAGCACCUGCUGCAGUGGCAGCUGCAGCAGCAGCUGCGUUUCAACUGCAGCCCAAACUGCAGUGGAAGCUGCAGCAACAGCUGCAGUAGCGACUGCAGCCCAAACUGCAGUGAAAGCUGCAGCAGCUGCUGCAGUAGCGACUGCAGCAGCCGCCGCAGCAACUGCAGUAGCGACUGCAGCAGCCGCCGCAGCAGCAGCUGCAGUAGCGACAGCAGCAGCUGCAGUAGCGACUGCAGAGCCGCCGCAGCAGCAGCUGCACUAG